AGCUUCCUGUGUUCGCCAUUAACAGCACCGUCGGGCUGCACCGGGACCCGCCGUUAACCGAACUGAGCGACGUCAGCUGGGUCUGACCCACCGAGCCGCUGUGUACCGAGGGCAGCAGGAUGGCUGAUGACCUGGACAUCGAGGCGAUGCUGGAGGCUCCGUACAGGAAGGAGGACACCAAGGCCCCCAGCCCCAAUGGACAGGAGGACCGCAACAAGAGAAAGAAGCGCAGCCGCACUCGCAGCCGCGACAGAAAGCGCAGUCGCAGUCGAGACAAGAAAAGGAGUCGCAGCCGUAAACGUAGCCGCAGCCGAGAGCGACGCAGAAGUCGCAGCCGCAGUCGAGAACGCCGCCGCAGCAGAGAGCGAGGAGGGCGCUACAGAGACCACCACAAGUACCGUCGGAGGUCGAAGAGUAAGAGUCCCUUCAAGAAGGAGAAGAGUCCGAUCAGACAGCCGAUAGACAACCUGACUCCGGAGGAACGAGACGCCCGGACGGUGUUCUGUAUGCAGCUGGCAGCCCGGAUACGACCUCGAGACCUCGAGGAGUUCUUCUCUGCUGUUGGGAAGGUUCGGGAUGUGAGGAUGAUCUCAGACAGGAACUCACGCAGGUCGAAGGGUAUCGCCUACAUCGAGUUUGUGGAGGCCAGUUCAGUUCCUCUGGCCAUCGGACUGACGGGGCAAAGGCUGCUGGGAGUUCCCAUCAUUGUUCAGGCAUCACAGGCUGAGAAGAACCGAGCAGCAGCUGCAGCAGCCAACAACCUUCAGAAGGGAACAUCUGGACCGAUGAGGCUGUACGUCGGCUCGCUGCACUUCAACAUCACCGAGGAGAUGCUGAGAGGAAUCUUUGAGCCAUUUGGGCGGAUUGAGAGCAUCCAGCUGAUGAUGGACAGCGAGACCGGACGCUCCAAAGGUUACGGCUUCAUCACGUUUGCAGAUGCCGAAUGUGCCAAGAAAGCUUUGGAGCAGCUGAACGGUUUCGAGCUGGCGGGUCGACCCAUGAAGGUGGGUCAUGUGACGGAGCGGACCGACGCCUCCACGGCCUCGUCCUUCCUCGACAGCGACGAGCUCGAACGCACCGGCAUCGACCUGGGAACCACCGGGAGGCUGCAGCUGAUGGCCCGGCUGGCUGAAGGAACCGGACUGCAGAUCCCUCCUGCUGCUCAGCAGGCCCUGCAGAUGAGUGGAGCCAUCGCCAUAGGAGCCAUGGCUGCUGUGUCAGCUGCCAUGAACCCGGCCCUCAACAUGAACUCUGCUGCUCUGAACCUCCCGUCUCAGCCUCUGGCCACGCACUGCUUCCAGCUGUCCAACAUGUUCAACCCCACCAGUGAGGAGGCAGCCGGCUGGGAGGUGGAGAUCCGACACGACGUCAUCGAGGAGUGCAACAAGCAUGGAGGACUGGUCCACAUCUACGUGGACAAGAAUUCCGCCGAAGGAAACGUCUACGUCAAGUGUCCGUCAAUCCCGGCUGCCAUGGCCGCCGUCAACUCUCUACAUGGAAGAUACUUUGCUGGUAAGAUGAUCACGGCGGCAUACGUCCCACUGCCCACCUAUCACAACCUGUUCCCAGAGUCUGUCACUGCCACACAGCUGCUGGCCCCGCCCCCGAGGCGGUGACUCACCUACAGUCACUGCCCCCUGAUUGGACAGUGGACAUGAGAGCCCGCCCCCUUUUACGUCUUCUCUCCUAUUGGUCAGAUUCACUUCAUGGGUCUGAGAACACCUGCUAGGGACCCUGUUUGUUUGUUUGUUUUCAGUCAGGACACAAACAACUCACUCUCUCGCUAUUGGCUGGAUCCUGGUCACGUUUGUGUGUCCUCGACCAGGUGACCCGCCCAUUUUCUUCCUGUUGUUUGACUCAUCAUCCUGAGUAUCAUCCAAUGAUUGAGCUCUGUGAGCUGCGAGGGGGCGGGACGGUGUCUGCUGAUUGGUCGGUUCGAAGCCGUUUGGUAUUUAACUGUUUUUCUAAAUGAGAUUUGAUUUUGUAAAAUUGUUGAUUAAAUUUUAUUUUGAAGUCA